AUGGAUAACGUCGAGCCACCCGUGCCCUCGGUCUGUGGACUGCGAGCGGAGCCAAAAACUCUCUGCGACGCGUCGGGGGAGGAGGCUUCCUGCGACCUCAGGCCCCAGGGAGGCAAACGGUCGCGCGCACGCAAGCUUUGUCGACCGGCGUCUUUUUAUGCCUUUUUUUCUUGGAAUGCGCGAGGCUGCCGACUGCCAGGCUCUGCGAAGAAGGCAGGAGAGAGCGAGGGAGGGCAGCCUGAAUCCACGCGUGGUGGGGAUCGCACUGCGCCCUCGCGCCCGACUUUUCUCCCGUGUGUGAAGGCAAGGAAAGCGCGACGUGACGCAUGCGGCUAUGCUGUUGCCCAUUAUGGAAGAAAGCGAUACCCUUCGGCGCAGGGCUUCUCGGAGCCCGACAGGCGAGACGUCGCCUCGCAGCCCUGUGUUGUGGCGGCUCCGUGGCAGGCAGCCAACUCAGGGUCGCCGGUCGAUUCGGUCUUCUCCACUUCUUCGCUGUCUCCGUGUCCCGGUCCUUCUUCUGAGCUUUCCUCGACUUCUGCCUCGUUCUCUUCUUUGUCUUCUUCGUCGCCAUACGUCUCACACUUUGGCUCUCUUCUGUCUUCCUUUUCGACGCUCCCUCGCGCUUCGGCCUCACCCGCGUAUGCGACCUCUCCAGCGUCUUCCUCGGGUUCCUUCUCCUGUAGUCCACAGUCGACAUCUGAAGGCUCGCCGUUUGACACACUUGGCGAGCUGUCUUUUGUCUCUUCGUCUCGCGGGACUCGCCCCUCGUCCGAGCUCGGAAGACGGCGGCGGGGAGCUCCCCACUCUGCGCCGCGCGGGCAGGCUGCCUGCACAGCGCCCGCUGCGCCUCCUUUGAGGUCUUCGAGGUCGUUCUCUUCGCCGUUCCCGCCUUGCGCCAGCGUGCGGGAAGACGUUGUGCGAAGGCCGCACGCCUGCCCCCGCCCCCGCCCCCGCCCCGCUGGUCGCUCACAGGACUCCACAGCGUUUCAAACUUCUGUUCAGGCGCACACGCGGGAGGGAGCGCGUGGCGCGGAAGUCGUUCGGGGCGACCUCGCCGCCGCACCUGUUCGAGCGACGGAUGGGGGGUGCCAAGCCGCGGGCCGGAGGGGCGCGAGGGUGUCUCCGCGUCUGCGGAGACAUUCGGCUCCAAGCGCCGGCCGGAGUGAGUCCGCGGGCGCCCCCCGCAGAUCUCCUGCAGUUUCAGUCUUUCCCGGCUGCGCCUUUCCCGCAGAAGCAGAGCCUGGCGGACUCUUGACAGGGGGUGCCGGCGCGUGGCGACUCGUUGCGCGGAGGAGACUUCAUCGCAGUUGCGGCUCGCGGGCUCCAGUGCAGCCGCGGGCGAACUCAGAAAGCGUCCGUGUACUUGGUGAGACUCCCCAGCGCAACUGGGGCAUCCCCGACUGUCCGUACCAUUGCUCCGCUUCUACCUUGCACUCCGCGCCUGCCUCACACAGCUGCUCACCCAGACGUCUGGCCUCUGUGUCUCCUCGCCCCUCCACACAGUCCGGCGCCUUGUCUGCUCUUUCUCGGCCUCCCUCGUCUGUCUCUCUUCGGACUCGCUCCUGCUCGAGAGAGUCACGUUGCCCGCCGCCAGCGGCGCUGCCUCCGCGGCGCCGGACGCGGCCGGCGCGAUGUGGCUCAGAGCUCCAGGCGGGGAGCGUUUCUCCGCUCUUCACAUCUCUGGCGGUGCAUGCCACGGAUAUGCACAGGAGUAGCAGCAGCGAAGACGGGGCGGGCGACCUGCGGCGCGCGUUUCAGAGAGCUCGCGCCGGGCGCAGUGCGUCGGCGCUGAUUAUUCGCAACGACAGGGUCCCGUACUCUGCGUCCACGAGUCUGGACCAGCGAAACGCGCGACACAACAACGGCAUCACGUCGCUCUGGCUGCCUGCAGCCGGCCGCAGCGAGCUGUCUGCAGCGGACUUUGGCGAGCCGCAAGUCAGAGUGACGCCGCCAUCGGCGCACUCCGAACAGGAGGCGCCUGGCGGCUGUGCGGUGUUGGGAUCGAGGUACCCGGGUUUCUACGAGGACGACGAGGACGACGACGUCAUGUUUGUCCCCCGCCCCGACGCGGUUUUCCUGGCGAGCAGAGACUCAGAGGUCGCGAGAGGACAGGCCCUCCUGCUGCACCAAGAGCUCGGCUUUCGACUCGACGACUCGCCGCGGCGUCUCGUGCCGAAGCCGAAAGCCAAGGAGAAACCGAGUAUGUCGGGGAAGCUGAAGAGCUUCUUCAACUUUUCAAUCAAGGGGGGAAGCGACCGCGCAGGGUUGCGAGCCAGAAAAGGCACGUCAGACACCUUGGGAUCUCUUAGCUCCGGAGUCUACUCCAGCAGCGCCGUGGACGACGGACACGUUUCGACGGAGGGGUCGCACAGCUACAUGCGGCGCGACUCCGAUGAGGACGGACUCGGCCUGGCGAUGGGACUCUCGAUGCAGAGCUGCAUCUCCAUCAGCGACGACGACGACGACGGCAGCGAGCCGACGACCAGGGACGCCGACAACGCCCUGAGUCUGCGCGACGCAAGGUCUCUGCGGGGAGACAAUAAACAGCUGCUGGGGGACUCUGUCUCCUCGACGAGAAGCAGCCUCCGCAUCGGCCGCGUGGACACUACCGACGGGGAGGCGGCGCGCACGCCCACGAGUGAGGCUUCACGGGGCAGUCCAAGGCGCAGGCCAGUCAAAACAGAAACCAAACGUGAAGAUGACGAAGGGGACUGUCUGUGCUGCUGUUGCUGCUGCUGCGAACCCGACGCCGAAGAGGGCAGGGAAACCAUCAAAGUCGAGCGGAAGGGCCGGAGGGGAGACGAGAGUCGGCGGUCGCUCAGGAGACACCGCUCGCGCCGGAAGACGGGCUCCAGUUCCUCAGGUCUCAGGACGCGAGAGAAGAGCAGCACGUCAACGAAGCGCUAG